ACCAAGAUGGCGAUCUUCAGUGUUUACAUCUUAAAUCGUGCUGGAGGUUUGAUUUAYCAUUACGACCACUACACGCCUAAAAGUGAGAUAGAAAAAACGUUCAGCUAUCCUUUAGAUAUUAUUCUUGGUGGUGAUGAUAAGUUAGAGGUGAUAUUUGGCGAAGGAGGUGGGAUCAAAGUUGGUCAUGCUUUGAUCGCCAUCAACGGAGAGCCUGUGGUGUCAAGGAAACUUCCUGAUGGACGUGAUGUACGAGAGAUCCUAAAUAACCCKGAUAACUAUCCUAUAUCGUUAAAGUUUGGUCGGCUCAAGCUCAAAACAAAUGAACGAAUCAUGUUGGCUAGCAUGUUUCACCCGUUAUUCGCAAUAGCAGCAAAACUGUCACCAGAGCAUCGGUCAUCAGGGAUYGAAAUCCUCGAGGCAGAUUCUUUCAAACUGCACUGCUUUCAGUCUCAAACAGGGCUCAAGUUCAUUUUACUGACYGAUCCAAAACAGUUAGGAACUGAAGGACUGUUGAGGAAAAUAUAUGAAUUAUAUGGGGAUUUUGCUCUUAAAAAUCCAUUCUAUUCAUUAGAUAUGCCAAUCAGAUGUGAAUUGUUUGAUACCAACUUACAGAGAGCUCUYGACCAGUCAGAGAAAACUGGUCUUUAUUCCAGUAAUCCAUCACUGAGUUGACGAAAUUUACAUUAUAUUUAUAUAAACAUUGUCAUAUUUCAUUAUCAUGUCUAUGAAAGUCUUGGGAAAAAGCUAGAAAAUAAGCUAGUUUUUGCUGAAAGCAUAAAUAUUAAUUGUAAGAGUUCUGCAAUUAAUUUCAUUAUUUCUUGUAGGAAUGAAAAUUAUCUAAUAAGGUAGCUGUAAAAAUGAUCAAUCAUUAAAGCCGUCAACAUUGAUCCCAGGAAAUAUUUCCAUUAACUGUGUUGGGUUUAGUUUUGCACCUAAAUAAUAAGCAAYGUCAUUGUUCAUUAAUGUUUUCUAAAACUAAAAAUAUUUUCUUUCAUUGUUUAUCUCAUUUAUGCCACUCAGUUUUCUAUUUCUACAAAACUCAAAGUCAAACAUUUGAACAUAAUAUCAAAAUGAUUAUGAAUGAAAAAACUAAGCAUGUAUUUCAAGAGAAUAAGGAAAUUAAAAUAUAUGAUUUGACUCCAA